AUGGCCGGCAUAUUUGGCACUGCCACGACGUCGACGAACCAAUCCAACACGCUCGGAGACCUCUCCAAAGACGUAGCUCUGAAUACGCCGCCCGAGGAUGGAAUUUCUGACUUGACCUUCUCGCCGCAGUCGGAGCACCUCGCAGUGGCAUCGUGGGAUAAGAAGGUGCGCAUCUACGAGAUCACGAGUACGGGCGGGAGUACGGGCAAAGCCUUCUUCGAGCACGAGGCGCCCGAUGGCAAGUACGUCGUGGGGGCUGGCGCCGACAAGGCGGCGCGCAUGAUCGACCUCGGCGCCAACACCAACACGGCCUCGCAGGUCGCCGUCCACGAUCAGCCUAUCCGCAGCGUCAAGUACUUCACGCCCGCCAAUGCCCAGGCGCCCAUGAUCGUGACGGGCUCGUGGGACAAGACCAUCAAGUACUGGGACCUGCGCACCGCGAAUCCCGUCGCCACCGUUCAGUGCCAGGAGCGCGUGUACACCAUGGACGUCAAGGGACAGCUCCUCGUCGUUGGCACUGCCGAUCGCUACAUCAACGUCAUCGCCCUCAACGAGCCCACCAAAUUCUACAAGACCACCCAAAGCCCUCUCAAAUGGCAAACUCGAGUCGUAAGUUGCUUUACCGAGGGGAACGGCUUCGCCGUCGGCAGUAUCGAGGGGAGGUGUGCUAUCCAGUACAUUGAAGACAAAGAUUCCAGCUCAAACUUCUCCUUCAAAUGCCAUCGCGAUCCGCCGCAAAGUAACAUGACCAAUGUCUACUCGGUCAAUUCCAUCUCCUUCCACCCUCAGCACGGCACCUUCAGCACUGCUGGCUCCGACGGAACCUUUCACUUUUGGGACGGAGUUGCCAAACACAGGCUCAAGGGCUAUCCAACCGUAGGAGGCCCCAUCACAGCAACAGCAUUCGAUCGGACCGGCAAUAUCUUUGCCUAUGCCAUUAGUUACGAUUGGAGUAAAGGCUACUCUUUCAAUACGCCACAGUAUCCUAACAAAGUCAUGAUGCACCCUAUCCAGUCAGAGGAAUGUAAACCGAGACCGAGCGUUAAAAAGCGAUGA